GUUUUUAGUGAGUUGGUCGGCUAUAUUGAUGCUAUUGAAUCUGUGAAACAGUGUAAUGAUAGCAAACUCUUAAAAUUUGUGAUUAAUAAUGGAGCCGGUAAAAGGGUACAAAUAAAAUGCUGGGGUGACGACAUUCCACGCGUGCAAGCUGAUAUCAUUAUGGAUCGUGUUAUCCAUUUAGAAAAUGCGUAUUGUGGCCCUCACACGAAAUACAAUAAUGGAAACUUUACUGGUGCAGAAAUUAUCAUUAAUAAGCAGACCAUCCUCGAAAAUAUGAGGGAAUUUAAUGAGAAAAAUUAUACUUUA